GUGCACAUGCUAUCGUAUUCGCCACCGCAUUCGCCACCGCCAUCGUGUACCCUCGCGGAGAUGACGCGACGCUUCUAUGGACUACGACGACGACGCUGGAGAAAUCUGGGGCCCUCAUCCACCUUGCCACCCAAGCGAGGCGGUGGAAAGGAGCUGUGAAUGGGAUCGUUUGUGCCUGCCCCCACGCCCGCGCCCGUUCCCGCGCCUGCUCCCUUUUCGGGAAUCUCUCCCUCCGCUCCCUUGAACCACACUUUGAGAGCCUUGAGCGUAAAGUCGGUGUACACGGCAACUUUCUUUCUUGGAUCGCGAGAUGCGCAAGCAGCAUCGAAUGUCCCCGGCGCGCCACCUUUGAUCGGACCAAAGUACUCUCUGUGAUCAUGUCCGGCCACUUGCAGACAUACUUGCUUCCAUUCGAGUGCGGCACUCUCCGCCUUUGUAUUCUGUGGGAGGGUUGUUGCUGCGCGUGCGCGUGGGCGACGGUCAGCUCGUUGUCACGUACGCGAUCCGCCAUCACUCACGCUCGCAAAAUGUGCUCAAUUUGUGGCUCUUGUGGGGCUUGUGUUGCGGCGGCGUCGGCGUCGGAGUCUUUGGCUGAGGCGCCGGAGUCUGGGGCAUCGGUG